GCUGUGGGCUUUGGUGACAGGGAGUCCAGCGGGGCGGUGGGCGGGCGCUGCAGGUACACUCGCCGGUCGCUCAGAGCCCUUUCCUGGCGCUCCACCACCUUGGGCAUCUGCCUGGGUCGGGCGGGAGGACGUGGAAGUCCGUGCAGGGCAGCAUGUAUUGGAAAGCUGGGAGCGUGGCAGACUGUUGAGCAGCAUGAACUACCUGGAGAGAAGACGAAUGGGAAACACAUCGCACUCCCCUCACAGCAGCAGAAUGCUGGAAGACUUGUCAGACUAGGAAGCAUCUUUCUACAGCUGCAAGAAAUAAUGCUUUAACAACUUUUUCUCCUGUUUUAAAUAUUUAUUAUUUUUAUUUUAUGCAAAUACCUCUGUUCAUAGAAAGUGGAGUUAUCUUCCUAUUUCAUCAAAAAGAUGAAAACAACUGGGUUGCUGUCAAGAGAGACCAGCACAGACUAAUGAGUAGGAUCAAUAAGAACGUGGUCUUGGCCCUUCUAAUCCUGACAAGCUCUGCGUUUUUGCUGUUCCAGUUGUACUACUACAAGCACUAUUUGUCAGCAAAGAAUGGAGCUGGUUUAUCAAAAUCAAAAGGAAACAGAAUUGGAUUCGAUAGCAUACAGUGGCUUGCAAUUAAAAAAUUCAUUAUGCUGACUUCCAGUCAAAAUGUACCAGUGUUCCUUAUUGACCCUUGGAUUCUGGAGUCGAUAAACAGAAACUUUGGACAAGUGAAAAAUGCUUCUCAUAGCUCUACUUCAGAAUGCAAAUUUUUCUGUAUUCCAAGAGACUUCACUGCAUUUGCACUGCAGUAUCACUUGUGGAAGAGUGAGGAUGGCUGGUUUCGAAUAGCUGAGAAUAUGGGAUUUCAGUGCCUAAAGACAGAGAGCAAAGAUCCUCGGCUAGACGGCAUAGACUCACUUUCCGGAACGGAAAUCCCUCUACACUAUGUCUGUAAACUGGCUGCUCAUGCCAUCCACUUGGUGGUCUUCCAUGAGAGGAAUGGUAACUACCUCUGGCAUGGUCAUCUACGACUCAAAGGACACAUGGACAGGAAAUUUGUUCCUUUUCGAAAGUUACAGUUUGGUCGUUAUCCUGGAGCUUUUGACAGGCCAGAGUUACAGCAAGUUACUAUUGAUGGACUUGAUAUUCUUAUUCCAAAAGAUCCAGAGCACUUUCUAGAAGAAAUACCACACUCUAGAUUUAUUGAGUGUAGGUAUAAAGAAGCUCGAGCAUUCCUUCAGCAGUACCUUGAUGAUAACACUGUGGAAGCGGUGGCCUUUCGGAAGAGUGCAAAGGAGUUACUGCAGCUAGCAGCCAAAACAUUGACGAAAUUGGGAGUCCCAUUCUGGCUGAGCAGUGGAACUUGUCUAGGAUGGUAUCGGCAGUGCGGCAUUAUUCCUUAUAGCAAAGAUGUCGACCUAGGAAUUUUUAUACAAGAUUACAAACCUGAUAUUAUAUUGGCAUUUCAGGAUGCAGGACUUCCACUUAAACACAAGUUUGGGAAGGUGGAAGACAGCUUGGAACUAUCCUUCCAGGGAAAAGAUGAUGUAAAACUUGACAUUUUUUUCUUCUAUGAAGAGACUGACCAUAUGUGGAAUGGAGGCACUCAGGCCAAAACAGGAAAAAAAUUUAAGUAUCUGUUUCCCAAGUUUACACUGUGCUGGACUGAGUUUGUAGACAUGAAAGUCCAUGUACCCUGUGAAACCAUUGAAUAUAUCGAAGCCAACUAUGGUAAGACCUGGAAGAUUCCUGUAAGGACAUGGGACUGGAAGAGCUCUCCCCCAAAUGUGCGACCCAAUGGGAUCUGGCCUAUUUCUGAGUGGGACGAAGUCAUCCAGUUAUACUAAGAAUGCUAAGUUAAAGUGGGAAAAUCUCUCUCCCCAACAGAAGGUGGACAACUGUUUAAGAGUUGCUGUCUUUUUGUCUCACAAAAAUGGGAGCCAAAGAAGACAGAUGACAAGUUUGAAGACACAAAAAAAGUUCUAACUUCUAAGACAUCUGACUUAAUUCUCAUUCAGCAUUUUUAUUUAAGAGUUUCUAAUGCCAGGUAAAAUACUAAGUUCUGGUGGAUGGGAAGGGACGAAUGAACACGUGUCUGCCUCACUCCUGUUCCUUUGGUAAGGCACCCCAAUUUUCCUUUGAGGGAUGCUCCCCACCCUUUGAAGAGCUAAAGAACAAUGUAAUAUAUUCUGAAAUGAUUUUUAAAAAUGUUAAGUAGUUAGACUGGAAAAUAAGCUCAUCAUACAAAGCUAAGGAAAGAUCCACUGGUUAUGAAGUCUGUUCCUGCCCUUGUGCUUUAAGCUGCUGUGUUAGCUUUAAGCUGGUUUGUUAGAGCCACUUUAAAGACUGUGUAUUUCAGCGAUUAGACUUUACAUGGCAUUAAGAAGAGUUGGUAGCAGACGCAUCAUGCAAGCAACGUGAUACGGAAUUGGAUUAAAGCACAGGAAAGAGAGCUAAUUUCAAGUCUUGUCAGGAUGAACACUUAUUUUCAUGUUUGGAGUGAGAAGAAAGCUGAUGCUUAUGUGAUGCUUAAAUUUCAACCACCUUGGGAAUGUUCUCACUGACUUCUAGCAGCACCAACUGAAAAAUUAUCAUUCCAGCAAGACCUUGCUAUUAUUUGAAAGGACUUUGAGAGUUGUGAUUUCACAAAACUUAAUUUCCUUAUUUCGUUCUCAAUCACUCUUAGAUUUAAAAAAAUAAGUUUUCAUUGAUAUUUUUAUAUUUUCUGAAUUUGUAACCCUUGUACCCUUAAUUUUAAAGUUGACACUAAAAUAUUAAUAGAAAUA